AUAAAGGAAAGCGGUUAAUACACAAAUCCCAAUCCCCACACCGCCGCUGCUGCCGCCGGCCUCCUCCGCCGCUUCCCGCGCGAAGUGGCAAAAUGGUGCUGCCUGAGGAUGAGGUCAGGAGGUUGUUCAGAGCCAUGAAAACGGUGCUGCAAAUGCUGAGGGACAGGGGCUAUGUGGUGACUGAUGAUGAGAUUGCGAUGACCAUGGAAGGAUUCACUGCCAAGUAUGGUCACAAUAUGAAGAGAGAGGACCUUAUGCUUGUCAAAGCCAAGCGUGACAGUGGAGAACAGAUAUAUGUGUUCUUUCCUGAUGAGGCCAAGGUUGGAGCUAAGACAAUAAGGACUUUGAUUUGUCGAAUGAACGAUGACAAUGUUACUCGGGCCAUCCUAGUUUCACAGCAGAAUUUGACUCCUUUUGCUAAAAAAAUGAUAAAGGAGGUAGCCAAGAAAUUUCAGGUGGAAGUUUUCCAGGAGGCUGAGUUGCUAGUCAACAUCCACCAUCAUGAGCUUGUUCCCCCGCAUCAAGUCCUCACGGCUGAAGAAAAGACAACUCUGCUUGCAAGAUACACUGUCAAAGAAACUCAGCUGCCUCGUAUUCAGGUAACUGACCCUGUCGCCAGAUAUCACGGGCUGAAAAGUGGGGAUGUCGUGAAGAUCAUCCGCCCGAGUGAAACUGCCGGAAGAUACAUCACUUACAGAUACGCAGUUUGAACAUUCUAUGACUUUUUGUAGCGUAGCUUGUGAAAACAUAGAAGUAGAAGAGAGUUUUGUAGGGACUUACUUGGGUGCAUGACUUCAUUCUCACUAGUGUUUAUUUAUCAUUCUAGAUCUGAGAAUUCUACCUUGAGAUAGAUUGGGUCUUAUCAAUGGUUUUAGGUUUGAUCAUAUUGGAUGGUUAUAAGCAUAUAUGCAAAUAUAGUUGGACUAAUUUCCUAAGUUUUUAUUUGGUUUUUCUUUUUAAUUUCAAGUUAAGUAGUGAAAUGUAGGCAAACACAUUCAAAGUUCUUGCACUAGGAGUAUGUUUUUUUAAUUAUACCUCUUCACAAUUUUUUUGUUUAAAAAUCGACCACUACUGUUGACACGUGGGGUGCGGAAACUCUUCCCAGUCGUUCAAGGUCGGGGUUCAUUUAUGUUCUUCGUCCGACAUCGAUGGUCGUUGCACUACCUCUAUUAUGACGACCUUCUUCACUGUGUUCGUUUCCACGUGUUCCGUUUUCUGAAUACGCCAUUAAUUAUCACCAUCGGUGGUGGGAUUACGCGGAAGAAGCAAGCCGAAAAGGCAACAUAACAUAGCACAUGUAUAAGUAGUGAAAAAGUAAUAGUAAUGCAAUUGUGAUCAUGUUCAUAAAACCAAAAUAUACGUGGGAAACGAAUAAGUUUGAGUUGGAUUUCCAUCAUCAUGCGUAAGAGAUAACGAUAAAAAGUGGUUGUAAAAUCAUAUGAAUUUUGCUCCACUACUAGUGACCUAAAUUGUUAGCUUUUUUUAUAGAGUAGUUAUUAAUCAACAUUUGUUUUUCUUAAUUAUUUAAUUCGGUAUUAGUAAA